UAAGACUUAACGCUGUGGCCUAUUUACAAAUACAAAUUAUAGAAGGGUGGACACUGCAAGAUAAAGUUCUCCUGUUCGUCUUAAAGAAUAAUAAACUUUGCAGGCAAUACAUCUUCAAACAGCUGAUUGCUUCAGAGCGUGGACUACUUCUCACCUGCAAUAUUCAAGAUAGCAACAAAAGCACUUUGUGAUGAAUGGAUUAUACGUGGAAUAAUAACUUUGUAUACAGAUCGCCACGGAGGAGCUAAAAGCGGUGUGUACGUAUAAACACCACAUAUUGGACGAGAAUCCCAAGAGAAAGUAGUCCAUCGAAUAAGAAUAACGAAAUAAAGGCUUGUUAGACGAGGUCCAAUCCAGUCCUACUAGUGUUGCCAACGUUUUACAAUGUUUCAUCGACAGAAGAUCGACACACGCUCUUGAGGCUUAGCGAUUUAAUGUGGAUUUAAUACUACCAUUAUGAGUUUUGGGAGCCAUUUCAAUAUAACGGGCGGUUAUUUUGAACCGGUUCAUAUCUCUGUUGAGACGCAGUUGUCGAGAGUUAAAGAGCAGCAGGAGGAUUUGAAUAACACUGAUACACCUGGCAUGGAAGGAAACUUACAAGAUAUGUUAUAUACAACGUACAGUACCAUCACCCGGGAUAUAGUCAAUCACACACGCGAUCCCCCUUGGGGUCAUAAUAUGGAUAAUAUCACGGCUGGGAUUUUUAAUUGUACGAUGGAUAGCAACAACGCGACCAAUUGCAGUAUGACAGGGGAGGUCAUGAUGAUGACAGCUCCCGAACCCUUUCCGAUUGCGCAUCAAGCUGCAUUGAUACUUGUAUAUUCGCUGACGUCACUUCUUGCUGUAUGUGGAAAUUUAAUCGUACUGAUAGUUUUUAUAAAGGGUAAGAAAUCAAGGAGUGAUCUUACCCCAUUUUUGAUAAAUCUUGCCUGUUCUGAUUUGAUCAUGGCAGUAUUUUGCAUUCCAUUUACAUUCACACCGACAAUGCUACGGAACUGGAUUUUUCCAAGUAUAAUGUGUCCAAUGGUGCUUUAUAUGCAAACAGUAGCCGUCACUGCAAGUGUCUCCACCAAUAUGGCCAUAGGAUUAGAUAGAUUCUGGGUCGUCCAGUUCCCACUUAAAUCUCGUGCAGUUGGGGGCAAACGUUCAACAUAUGUAAUAGUAAUAAUUUGGGCGAUCGCUCUUGGAUUAUCCAUUGUUCAAUUAGUGGUAGGUAGGACAAAGGAGUAUCCUUUAGGAAAUGGUGUAGUCCUGAAGGAAUGUACAGAAGACUGGCCAAAUCAUACAUAUAGACGCGUUUAUACGUUCUUUAUAUUGAUUGUGACAUAUCUCCUACCACUAGUCAUUUUGAUAGUGGCCUACAGUAUUGUUGGCAUGAACCUGUGGAGGAGAACAGCUCCGGGCGAAAAAGAUUCGGUCAGAGAUCGUCAACAAAACAAGUCCAAACGAAAAGUUGUCCAAAUGCUGGUUACAAUCGUAGCUCUAUUUGGACUAUGCUGGUUCCCGCUCCAUUUAUUUGCCCUCGUGCUAGACUUCCGUCCAGAUCUCAUGGCUUAUGAGGAUAUUCUGACCAUCAUAUACUACUGCGUGCAUUGGCUAGCCAUGUCUAACAGCUUUCAGAAUCCUAUUAUAUAUGGCUUCCUCAAUGAUAGCUUCAAGAUCGAUCUACGGAUUAUCCUGUCAAAAUGGUUUCCAUGCUGUUGCAAAUACAGACGCCCCAUGAACCAGAGCUUUAGAUCGACAAUGCGCUACGAUAAUACCCGGUACACAACACGGCGUGUUCCAACCAAACCUGAGCCAGAUAGUUCAAGCGGUAGUGGCUCACGGGGCAGUGGAUCCGUACGAGUGGCUAGCUCACAGCAAAGACUUAUCAAAGAUCAAAAUAAAAGCAGAACGUUUGAAAAGUUGGCUAUGGAGUCUGGUGAAGUCAACAAGCUUCUGAGUCCAUCAAACAAUCAUACUCACAGUCUUCCAAAUGGAAGGACGCAGAUCUGAUUAGACUAUGAUGGGUUGGCGGAUGAUUUAUAUCUCCUAAUGGAUACGUUCGUGUGGAUAUACGUGUAUCUUUGAACACUUGCCAAAUAUGUCUCUUAUUAAAAUGGCACCUUUAUAAUUGCAUUUCAGUUUAUGAGUCCGUCUCACACCAUAUUACAAUAAAACUGAGCAAAUGCCAAAUAUUCAUAAACUAUAUCUAUCGCCUAUCAUCUUUACUCAAUAACAUAUUGUAAUGAUUGAUUAUAUAACGUUUAUAAAUGUAAUUAUGACUUUAUUUGAGGUCUCCAAAACGAACGUUUUAUUACCAUGAAACACACAAGGAAAUCUAACAGAUCGAUCUAGUCAAUUGCUGAAUUCUGUGUAUUGACCACACUGGAUAUUAGUUGAAAGCUCAACUGUAUAAUAGACUUGGAACGUAGAACACACAAAAUAAGUUUAGAUUUACUUCGAUUUAAUAAUGAAAAGUAAAUUUUAAAAUGCUCGUGCGAAAUAUCAAAUUUUCUUUCUUUACUAGUUAUUUUCCAUUCCACAUGCCGAUAUAUAUAAUUGCUUGAAGAUGAUGUAGCGCAUGAGCUCUAUAAUACACCCCUUCUGUUGAAUGCUUUCUGUUGCCCCAGUUUCAGGGCAGAUGUGGAAUUACACUCCCCUCCGAGAACACUUUUGAUUACGAAAAUAUUAAGAAUGAGGAUAGGUUUAUCACUAAGAUUAUUUUCUAGGCAUGGCCAAAGUAGAAAUACGAAAAAACGCUCAGACAAUAUUUGUAUAUAGCUUUUCUUACCCAUGGAACAAAGGAAGAGGUCCGAUAAUUGGCAAAUACCCCCAUGGUCAAAAUGAAUCAUUCUUACAUGUAACAUGAAGAAUAGAAUGUCAAAAAUGGAAAAUAAUAAACUGU